GCCUCCCGCCGCCGUCCGCACCCUCGCUCAUCGCGAAGCCGGGGCUGCUCGACCCGCACGGCCUCCGCCCGGGCCCUGCCCCAGUGUGGGGGCCGCGAGCCUCAGGCCGCUCAGAGCCCCUUCGCAGCCAGUGCUCCCCGGCUGGCCGCGCCGCCCGGCUCCCGGCCCCGCUCGGGCUAAGUGGGAGCCCUCAGGAAACCACAGAAUAUUUGAGGACUACAUGUAAGUCAGAGGCCCAGAUGAACUUAAGGAUGCUAUAACAUGGGAUUCUUAGUUUUUUAAGAUCCAUAUACAUCAAGCCCCAGUCCAGUGUCCAGGCUUUCGAUUUUGUGAAGAGAGCAAAACUCUGAUGAUGGAAAAGCCAAGGACUUAAUCACUUGCUUCGAUAUCAUCUCACAUCCACUGAAACGUGAAGCAGACCAUAGCACAGCCAUGGAAAGAAAUUCAAGUUUAUGGAAGAACUUAAUAGAUGAGCACCCAGUCUGCACCAGCUGGAAGCAGGAGGCUGAGGGAGCCAUCUGUCAUCUCGCCAGUAUUUUAUUUGUAGUAGGUUUCAUGGGCGGCAGCGGCUUCUUCGGGCUCCUUUACGUCUUCAGCUUGCUGGGGCUGGGUUUUCUGUGCUCCGCUAUCUGGGCCUGGGUGGAUGUCUGUGCAGCCGACAUAUUUUCCUGGAAUUUUAUAUUGUUUGUCAUCUGCUUCAUGCGGUUUGUUCACAUUGCCUAUCAAGUUCGCAGCAUAACCUUUGCCCGAGAAUUUCAGCUGUUGUACAGCUCCCUCUUCCAGCCUCUGGGGACCUCUCUACCUGACUUCAGAACUAUUGCUCUGAGCUCAGAAGUGGUUACUUUGGAAAAGGAGCAUUGUUAUGCCAUGCAGGGGAAAACCUCCAUUGACAAACUCUCCCUGCUUGUUUCAGGAAGGAUCAGAGUGACAGUUGAUGGCGAAUUUCUGCAUUACAUUUUCCCCUUCCAGUUUCUGGAUUCUCCUGAAUGGGACUCACUGAGACCCACGGAGGAAGGUAUCUUUCAGGUAACUCUCACAGCAGAAACUGAUUGUCGCUAUGUGUCUUGGAGGAGAAAGAAAUUAUACUUGCUCUUGGCUCAACAUCGUUACAUCUCCCGCCUGUUUUCAGUCUUAAUUGGCAGUGACAUUGCAGACAAACUCUAUGCCUUGAAUGACAGGGUAUAUAUAGGAAAAAGAUAUCAUUACGAUAUUCGGUUACCCAACUUCUAUCAAAUGUCAAGUCCAGAAAUGUCCAGAUCACCCCUGACGGAACAGUUUCGGAAUUCCAGAAGAUACUGUGAUAAGUGACCCCGCCAAAGUCUGAAGUUUUGUAAUUAUAAAAAAAGACUCUCGUUAUCAUUCCCCAGAUGUAAUAGCAAAAUACAGAAAAUUGAGUUCACUGAUAUUUUUAUAAAUCCAACUCAGAGGCAAGAUGCCAUUGCCAACUGUUUUAUUCAUCUCAACUUGUGCAUUGUCAAUAAAUUUUACAAUUUUUUUCUGUA